UGUACUCAAGUAACUGUGUUGCUGCCUAGCGUAAAUUUCGUUCUAUUCUGUUUCGCUGGCCUGUUUCACUUCGAAGCGAAUAAACAUACAACAUAGAACCGAACCAAGCCAGGACCAACUCUGGCUGUGCAGGACUACUUACAGCUUAUUCCUACCCAUACAUAGUGCCUGAAACGCGCACGUGCUCACAUUGAAACUUGAGGGAGCAUCAAACGCCAAACGUGAUCAAAUAAUGGAGACGACGAAUACUAAGGAGAACGGCGGUGUCCAUAGAGCUAUUUUUCGUCCCUGGGACGCCGAGGACAGUUCCUCCGAAAGUUCGUCGGGUUCUCGACCCUCGUCAGUGUCCUCGCCAGAGUCCACCUGCGCCGUGCUCGUACGACCCCAGCCUAUCCUGCCCCCACCCGACAUGUUGCCAGUGCACCCAGUGCCAGCUAGUGCUCUUGGAUAUUCUGCUGAUCUGCUUCUGUCAGAGCUAUGGCUCGCCGAACUGGACAGAUCAGUGAUGCUAGCGGCCGGCGUCGGCGUCGAGGCUGCUGCAAAGUUGAAGAAGGCAUCCGUGCAACGCCCGAAAAAAUUUAACUGCCCUCAUUGCGAUGUAUGCUUCUCGAAUAAUGGCCAGCUGAAAUCGCAUAUCCGUAUUCAUACAGGUGAACGACCGUUUGCGUGUGAGCACGACGGCUGUGGCAAGACAUUCACACGCAACGAAGAACUGACCCGCCACCGAAGGAUUCACUCAGGACUUCGUCCAUUCCCGUGCCCGGUCUGUCAAAAACCGUUUGGUCGAAAGGACCAUCUGAAAAAGCAUGUCAAGACUCAUCAACGGAUGGUUCCAGCCGGCUUACCCUUCUAUCCCGCCCCUUUCUGGUAGAAAACAACUAGCUGAUGAUAAAACGAAUGAAGAUUUUUCCCUUAUCGCCGCUCAGCUCCGCUAUUGAAUUGGCUUUUGGCGAUUGUUCUGCUAGCGAAAAGGAGUAAGCAAUCUGUAUUGGUGACCGAAGCUGAUAAUGGGCGAUGCCACUCAACAAUGUGAUCUAUGCUCAGCCAACGUGUAAUAAUGAAUUGCCGAUAAAGAGUACUACUCAGACUCGAAAUUAGUUUGUACCAGUUUCACUUUGUACUAUUUCGUAUGUGUAUAUAGUCAUGUAAAUAAAUACUCAUGGAGGAAAAGAGAAAUACAAAGAAUGUAAACAUCAUUAGACAGUAUCUAUUUUCAUAUAAGAGUUAAGCCGGCGAAGGCGCGGCUGCCUAACUUUAAUAUA